AUGUUAUGUUGUGGCUUCUGUUGUGGCAACAUGUCGAAACGGGAUUACAAAGUGGCCACCACAGAUGGCAUCGAGCUGGAGCCGCUUGGCGGCGAAAAGACCGAUAAGGAGAAGGACAAGGAGAAGCAAACGAAUGGCGUCACCUUUGGUGGCGAAUCGAGCGGCGGACGUCAGACGCGCAACGGAGUCGCUGUCUGCUCGCAGAGACGCGCUCUCCUCGUUGCCGGCAUCGUGCUCGGCUCCCUUUUGCUGACGGCGAUUAUCAUUGCCUACGCUGGACCACAAAAUGACUGUUCCUGUGCGGGCAAAACGACGUCUGGCUAUGAAACGGAUGAAGAGAACAACACACAACCAUUCAAUCCGAUUGCAACGAACGGAGAGCCAUUCCCCUGGCUGGACAAGAUGCUGCCGACAAGUGCACGACCCAUGCGCUAUAUGGUAACGAUACAUCCCAAUCUCACCACACUCGAUGUCAAAGGUCAAGUAACCAUCGAUCUGUUCAUUGAGAAGGAGACCAAUUUUAUUGUGCUGCACAUUCAGGACCUUAACGUAACGGAGAAGGCCCUCGUAACUCCGGGUCCCAAGGGAUAUGCCCUGAAGAUUGUCAAGGUAUUGGAGUUUCCGCCACGCCAGCAAUUGUACAUUGAGGUGAAGGAGAAGCUAAAGAAAAAAUCCAAUUAUACGUUGAAUUUGCGUUGGUAUUCCAAAUUGAAUCCAGAGCCCGAGGGCUUCUAUGUGGAUCAGUAUGAGAGCUUCAAUGGACGGGAACGUCUUCUCGCUGCCACAGUCUUCAGACCAAAUGGCGCCCGUCGCGCUUUUCCGUGCUUCGAUGAGCCGCAUGUGCGUGCUCCCUUCCGUGUCUCUGUGUUUCGUGAUCGCUUCCACAUCGGUCUUUCCAACUCUAUAGUGCACACCACAGAGGAUGUGGGCUUCUACAUGGGCACAGGGCUGCUGCGUGACGACUUCAUUGAGACACCGCCACUGCCCGCUGAUGCCAUCGCCUGGGUUGUUAGCGACUUUCAACGGGAAUCGCUGCAACCCUCCGCUGCCUAUAUACCCACCACAGUGGCUCCGGCCACCGCUGGCAGUGGCAAGAAGCCAUCGCAGCUGAACAACUACACACAGCUGAAGAGCAAGAAUCCGCCAGUGCGAAAUAUCACAGCGUUGACGCAUUCACUGAAUGUGAAUCUGACGCCGUUUCAAAGUGCCAAUAGCACAACAACCACAGCGCUGCCCGUGAUCAUCAAUGGCAACGGAAAACCCUCGAAUCUCACAUCGUUAUCACAGUCCACAGGUUCCUCCAUCAAGCGAGCACCUUCUUAUACUUUCUAUGCGCCGCGGGAUUUGUUGCCACGCUCCUCUUUCAUUCUGCACACAUCACGAGAUGUCCUGGAAUAUCUACAGACGUGGCUGGACAUCAGUUACCCACUGACCAAGGUGGACUUUGUGGCCCUGCCUUCGCUGGAUCGCAAUCUAAUCUCAUCAUUAGGCCUCGUCACUUUGAAGACUUCCUUUCUAACGGAUCCUCAUUCGAUUACCUCGGAGCAAUAUCAAUUCAGUGCUCUGCGCAUUGCCGAAGCGAUGGUGCGACAAUUCUUUGGGGGGAUCACCUCACGCAAAGUCCUCAAAGAUGUUUGGCUGUGGGAAGGACUCAUUCAAUACCUUGGAAUUCAUGCUUUGGCUCCGCUUCAAGAAACGUGGCCACUGCGUGAAAUGUAUCUACUAAAGAUGGCAACAGCUGCACUGGAUAUUGAUGCCAUCCAAGGUUGGGAUAGCAUUAUGAACGGAACGAGUCACGAUGGCAACAACGAGGAGUUCUUUGUGCAGAAAACCGCUGCCAUCUUCUCCAUGCUGCACACAGCUAUUGGCGAGGAUCGUUUCCGUGGCUGCUUGGGCACUUUUCUCAAGCUGAAUCGCUUCAAGACCGCCGAGCCUACAGAUCUGUGGACCAUUUGCACUAAGAAAGCGAACGGUUCGAAGAACAUCAAGGACAUGAUGACACUGUGGACACAUCAACCUGGUUUCCCUUUGUUGACCGUUACUAAAAUGGGCAACAGCAUUUCCAUUUCCCAGCGACCAUUCAAACCCGCCGAUUUUCUGGCAAUUCAUGAUGACUCCUACGAUGGCAACAACUACAAUAAGACGACGGUGAAUGCCACUGAGAUGCCCAGCACAGUGGCACCCACAACGCAGGCCAGCAAACACAAGGCAGCGCCUAGUAUGAAGUGGAUCUUCCCUGUCACCUAUGUGACGGACAUCAACAACGUCAGCGAAACGCUUUGGAUGCAGAAUAUCGAUGUGACUUUCAAUGUGCCGGAGAAUGUGAAAUGGAUCAAGGUGAAUGCCAUACAGAAUGGUUACUAUCGCGUUGUCUACAACGAUGACAACUGGGCGAGUCUCAUCGAGGAGCUGUCCAACAAUCCCAAGCGUUUCACCAGUGAGGAUCGUCUGGGCAUGCUGUCGGAUGCAUUUACGCUGUGCCAUGCGAAUCUGUUGCCCUGUGAAAUCACCAUGAACAUGAUUCAAUAUCUGCCAAGUGAAACGCAUUACGGACCCAUGGCUUUGGCGGUGCGACAUUUGGAAAAGUGGCGUCGCAUUCUCAAGUACUCUGAAUGUUUUCUCAUGCUCAGCGAGUUUAUCAAAAUGAAAAUAUCCACGGUAAUGGAAAAGGUGGGCUGGAUCGAUGAAGGCGAUGUGGCAACCAGACUCAUGCGUCCUGAAGUGCUGCUGGCUUCGGUGCUGUGGGAGGAUAUUGAUAGCAUUACGAAGGCAAAGAAUAUGCUAAAUCAAUAUUUAUACUACAAUGGCUCCGCUAUUUCACCCAAUCUGCGAGAGGUGGUUUACACAGGUUCCAUUCUCUCCGGCGAGUACAUCUAUUGGCAGCAUUGCUGGGAGCGCUUUGUGACGCUGCAACGCACCUCGGAAACGUUUGUAGAACGAAUGCAGCUGUUGCGUGCCUUGGGCAGAACCAAGGAUGCUUGGCUGCAGAAUCGUUUGCUCUCGCAUGUUACCAUGCUGCCCACUGAAGAGGUGGUCCAGGUGCUUAAGGCCAUUGCGGGCACACCGACGGGAGGUGCGAUGGCUUGUCGCUUCCUCCAGGCCAAAUGGUUUGAGCUGGAGAAGCGUCUGGGACCGGGCACCAUUAGCUUUGCCAAAGUGAUAUCGGCCAUAACACAAUAUGGCGCCACAAAGUUCGAUUACGAUGAGCUGAAAUCCUUGGUGCAUCGCUUCGGACGUGGCCAGGGAAUGUCGGUGUUGAACAUGACGCUGAGCAGCGUUGCCUCGAAUGUGGAAUGGGUCGCCAGAUCUCAGACAGCGCUUUAUAAAUGGGUGGAAAGUAAUUUGCAUUCGCAUCGAUAGAGGACUUUUAAUUGAAUUUUGCAAAUUGUCAUCGAGCAUUAUUAUGAUUAUUAGUUAAAAUUCUUUGGUUGGAAAUGAUCUCUUAAAUCAUUUGUAAUUAUGUUCCUUGCACUCACACACACUCACACAUACAUACAUACUAAUUUUCGGGAGCUAAUCAUAGUAAUAAUAAUAUUUACCAUAUCAUUGCCAUAUAUAUAUUGAUAUAUAUAAUAUUAAACAAAGAAAAUUUAUAUCGACAGGGUCUCGAGAUCUCUCCAUUAGUUUAUCAUUAAGUUAUCCAGCUCCUUUUGCCCCCCUCUUUCUUCCCGCCCCUUAGGCCCAUGAGUUAACACCAAACAAAAAAAAAUUGAUAAAAAGACAAGCAAAAAAUUCAAUCUGAAAACUGUAAAUUAGAAUGAUAAACAAAACAAAACAAAAAAUACCAUAUAUCUAUAGUUAUAGUAUAUGGAGUAUAAUGCAUACGGAUGCCAUUUUCUAUUAUCUACAACUGAACAUAAAGAUAUAUCUAUAUAUUGUAUAUGUAUAUGUAUGUGUAUAUUUUACAAAUAACAAGAAAAAACAAAACAAAAGCUAAGUAAUAUUUAAGCGAAAACAGAUCGAACAUAUUUUUUCAGCAAAAACACACAACUAUGAAUCCAUUAACAUUAUGAUAAAAAAAAAACAGAAAAACAACAAAAAGAAACACAUAAAUAUAAAAAAUAUAAGAUAUAUAUAUCUGUAUAGCAUAUUUAGGAUUAAUAAGCAUCGUUUGUUAGGCAUUAUUCUUGUAUGUGUCUGUGUGUAUAUGUGUGCGAACCGAUAUAUAUAUGUAUGUAUCUAGAUAUAGACACAGAUAUACAUAUAUCACAGAUAUCUUCCUUUUCCAAAAACAAGAUCGAAAAAAACAAAACAAGUAUAGUAGACACGAUAUACAUUAAUCCAUAUUGACAUACAUACUCUCACAUACAUACAUAUGUACAUAACAUAAAGCGGCAAACAAAAAGACACUUUUUAUUUCUGCACAUAAUAUUACACAUUUUCUACUUUCACUUGCAUUAAGUACAUAGCAGUAUUUAUAAAUCAGAUUACACUUUAAUUCAAUUUGAAGUUUCGAACUUCCAUGAUUCCAGUCUCAUUUAUGAUCGUAGAUUUAACUUCUUAUUGAAAGUUAGCAGGUAAAAUUAACAUCUGGAAUUUCUUUUGUUUUCGAAAAGUAAAGAUCAGUUAAAAUCCUAUAUCAAAAUUAGACAAAUUUUUCGAAUUUAAGCUUAUGCUAAUCACAAUUCUUUGGCAGAUUAAAAAUUUCUGAAAUUCCAUUUUUUUUCGAAAAGUAAAGAUCAGUUAAAAUCCUAUAUCAGAAUUUUUUCUAAAAUAAAUUAGUCAAAUUUUUCGAUUUUAUUAUUGAGUUAUGGUCAGUAUUUCAUUUUGUAAGCUUAUGCUAAUCACAAUUCUUUGGCAGAUUCAAAUUUUCUGAAAUUUUUCGUUUUUUUCGAAAUGUAAAGAUCAGUUAAAAUCCUAUAUCAAAAAUUUUUCUAAAAUAAAUUAGUCAAAUUUUUCGAAUUUAAUAUUGAGUCAUGCUCAAUAUUUAAUUUUGUAAGCUUAUGCUAAUCACAAUUCUGACCUGAUUCGAGUGCAAUUAAUCUCCAAGGGUUUUUUUGAGUUUUUGCCAAGACAAAGUUCUAUUUUUUUCUGGUGUACAAUUGAUAAGCACAAAUGUUUUCACAUAGUAUAAAACUAGAUUCGAAUCUUUUUGCUAUAACUUCUAGACAGCAUUGAGUCAGGCAAAAGUAGUUAGCUGAGAAUAGCUUACUAUCUAUGAGGUCUUUUUUUGUACGAAACCCAUAAAGUUAUGUUGAGGCUAUAAUGUUGAUAAUCUGACAGUUAUGUUGAAGGUGGGGGCGUGAGGCUAUCAAGAAAUAGAUUUACACAAACGCUCCAAAAACAACACAUCUGUCACUUAUCUCUGGUCGACUAUAUAGCUAUAUAAUAUAUUCUCAAGAGCUGCUAUACUUAAUAGAGUAGCACUGAUAACCGCAGAGGCUUUUGAGGCUUGAUUAUUUCUAUAUAUAUAUAGACUCACUUUAAGCAAAUGUAAGGUUUAUCAGGUAGGUCUGAAGCGGUAGAUGAUAUGUUUGACUCAAUCUUCCGGCUUGCCGCUUUUUGCGUUGUUGUUAGCCAAAAAAGAAACCAUAUAAAAAAAAAACCCAACAAAACAAAAACAAACCAACAACAAAGAAUUGGCUACCGAGAGAUGUUUAACUCGAAAUGUUAAUUGGUAUUCCAAUAUUUUUAGACCUGCUUUGGCUUUUGUGGCUCGAAUUGAAUUUUAUUUUAGCUAAACACUAAGACUAACUCGAUAGAUACUCAAUAACAAAUGUCAAUCUGCUCAGAUACAAAACAUAACAAAUUAUUAUGAUGAUACAAAUAUGACAAAAACGAAUAUGAUACACUACAAAAAUGCAACAAACUUUAUUAGCUAACCAGAAACAAGUUUUGGAGUCGAUUUUACUGUUUUCGAAAAAUGUAUAAACCAAGGGAAAAACUUUAAUAUAAAUACCGAAUACAAACAUACACUUAAAAUCAAGUCGAAAUUUAGAAAGUUUUACAAAUCAUUCAUCUAGGAAUUUAUAUAUAGAGACAUUAACAACAGCAACAACAACAACAUCAACUUUGAAGAACAUUCUAAUUAUGACAGUUUAGUGUUGGUUCGAUGUAAAUAUUUAUUUACUUCAUUAUAUACUCAAAAAUCCCAGUUUUGCUCUUUACUAUAUUUAUUUGGACUUCAUUCACACCCUAGAUCUAUCUAACUUGUAUACUUGCGCAUAUCCGUCCACAUAUUUGUUCUCAUUCCGGAUUUAUCAAGCCAACCUCUCCCCCUCUCCCUCUUUUAAGUCUCGCCCCAAAUGGAUUAAAGAAAUUAUCUUUUGUAUAACAUUUAAUAUGAAAAUUCUAGUUAAUUUUAUUAGACGAAAUUUAUUUGCGACUGUUCUUAAGCUUUAUCUAUUGUAUCAUCUUUUAUAAGGAAAAUUGUGUAGAAGAAGAGGAAGAAGAAGUAUAGAUGGAAUGCAGGCAAAGCAACUUUAAAGACGUAAAUCUAAUUGUAUGAAAGCAAAUAUAUGAAUAUAUAUAUUUAUGUAUAUUAAGUCAAAUGGGAAUACAUAUAAAUAAAAAUGAUAACUAAUAUGUAAUAGAAAAUAACAAACAAUAAUUUAUCUUAUAUGUUGGUGGGUGGAGGGAGGCAAUCAAUAAACAUUUGGAUCGGGUAAGUCAAAUGCCAUAGCCAUAUACCCUUUAUUGCUGCCUAUAAAUAUACUAAUCGUUUGGAACAUUACUCAUCCAAGGGCCUUAUCUGCAAUUACAAAUAUCGAUAGCUUUUUCAAUGGAGAGCUCGCGCGAGAGAAAGAAAGAGAGAAGAGUGCGAAAGAAAGCGAUUAUUAUGCAUUGCAUCAGCAAACAAGAUACGACGCUUUUAUACCCUGUACUUCAGAAUGAAAGAUAAGAAAUCUGAUAAGAGGCGGAACCGAAAUGAUUAAAUUAUUGAAAUUACAUAUUUCCAGGGUAUACGCUUGACUUAUCACUUUUGAAUUGCCCCUUAUCUCGUUGUUGUGUCUUAACGCUCAAAUGCUACUUUUCUAUGUAAAACUAGCCGACGACAACAUGCUGAAAAUUAUGGCAGACGGCUCAAUAAAUAUUAUCUCUCGCAAACACACACAUACGCACACACACGCGUGACAAACACACAAUCAGACACUCUCGCUGUGCCAAACAAGAGCAACGUCAGAGGGCAGAAAGAGAGUUCUGUGCACUGGCUGUGUAGCUUUGUUGUUGUUAUGAUUGUUAUUCAUUUUAUCUUGAAGCGCCAUCGCGUGUCGAAUCGUAGCGCGCGUUGUGGAGCCCGAGGGCGGACGAAGUAGACGAGUAGUCGGCCGACUAACCGACCAGCUGACCGAAGCGAAGAGCGUCGGCAUUCAUAUUGGCAUUCGUCGCUAUGGUCGCUCAGUAUAUUGUGAACCGUUCAGAGAACGUCAACAUACGCACGCCGACUCUCGACUCUCUUAAGCUUUUCAAAAGCACCUGUGGAAUGUUGUUUUGAAUCUGACGUAAAGACCGCAAACACAGUACGAAAAUCGUAUGCAACAAGCAAAACACAAAGUGAUCAACAAAAGAAAAACUACAAAAUUUACCAAACAAAACAAAAGAAAAAAGCAAAAGUGCAAAGCAUCGUAAAAGUGAAAAUAAAAGUGAAUUUAUUCAAAUCAAAACAUAAGCACAAUAAUACUCAUAAUAAAAAGUUGGUGGAAAAUUAAUUACAAUACAUUGAAAUUGAUUCAAAAGCCGCGUGCAGUUUGAGCAAAAAAGAAA